CGUUCGCUGCUCAGGUGGCAUCACGGACAAAAAAUGACUGAGGACACCGAAGAUGGAGGCAAGGAUGGAGAGAAAAAGAAGCCCUUUUGGGGCAUGAGAUUUAACUUCAACUGGAGAGAGUGGGCCAUCGAUCCUGCAAAUCACUUCUAUUAUGUCUGGUUGCAAGUGAUGAUCGUGCCAAUUGUUUACAACUGGGUAAUCAUCAUUUUAAGGACCUGCUUCACAGCGAUCGGUCUGAGCUAUCUUCCUGUGUGGCUCACGCUGGACUAUGUGUCAGACCUCAUGUAUGCUGCUGAUAUGACUGUCACUCUGCAUACUGGCUUCCUGGAUCAAGGAAUCCUCAUCAAAGACCUGACUCGCCUCAGGAAGCGCUACCUGCGCUCCAAACAUUUCAUGUGGGACUUAGUUUCCCUGCUGCCCACUGACUUCCUCUACUUCGCCUUUGGGUUUGAGACCCCCUUGGUGAGAAUCAACCGGCUGGUCCGUAUCCCGCGGCUCAACGAGGCCUUGGAUCGGAUGGAGACAAGAACCUCCUACCCCAACACUUUCCGCAUCACAAAGCUCAUGAUCUACAUCUUUGUGCUGAUCCACUGGAAUGCCUGUCUUUACUUCGCUCUGUCCAAUUACAUCGGCUUCGGAAGCGAUCCGUGGGUCUACCCCAACAUCACUGACCCGAUGUUUGCCUCCAUGCGGCGCCAGUACUUUUACUGCUUCUGGUUCUCAGCCCAGAUUUUCACCACUGUCGGAGACACCCCUCUGCCAAGCCGGGAGGAGUAUUUAUUCAUGAUUGCAGACCUGCUCAUUACCGUGCUGGUGUUCGCGUCGAUUGUCGGGAAUGUCGGGAAUGUCAUCACGACCUUAAGGGACAGAGACAACGUCUUUUUCCCCAAUCACGAGUUGGUGAAAGCAUACUUGCGCAGCCACCACAUCAGCAAGGAGCUUCGACAGCGCAUCGACAACUGGUACCAGCAUCUUCACAUCAACAAGAAGAUUAUGCGGGAGAAAGAAAUCCUGCAGCAGCUGCCCUUGCACAUGAGGACAGAGAUCGCCGUCAGCGUCCACCUCCCGACCCUUUCUAAAGUCACCAUCUUCCAGAGCUGUGAGAAAAGUCUGCUGGAGGAGCUGGUUCUGAAGCUCACAGCUCAGGUGUUCAGCCCAGGAGAGUAUGUCUGCAGGAAGGGAGACGUGGGCCAUGAAAUGUACAUCAUCAAAGAGGGGAAGCUCGCCGUCGUAGCAGAUGACGGCGUGACAGAGUUUGCGGUGCUGAGUGCGGGGAACUUCUUUGGAGAAAUUAGCAUCCUGAACAUCAAAGGUAACAAGUCAGGUAACCGUCGCACUGCCAACAUCAAGAGCAUCGGCCACUCCGAUCUGUUCAGCCUUUCCAAGGAGGACCUGACCGACGUGCUGUCUGAGUUUCCUGCGGCCAAGCGUCACCUGGAGGAGAAAGGCCGGCAGAUCCUUAUCAAGAUGGGGAUGUUGGAGGAGAGGGCCGAGGUGGAGGAGGCGGCGGCUGAGAAGGUUGAGACGAAGGUAGAGAGGCUGGAGAGCAGCCUGGAACUCCUGCGGACCAAACUGGCCCGGCUCAUGGUGGAGCUGGAGUCGAGCAACAGGAAGAUGAGGGCCAGAGUGGAGCAGCUGGAGAUGCAGGUCGCCGUGCUGGACAUUCACCUUCCACCUGAUGAGGAAGGUGGGGAGGGGGCGUCGGGAAGAGAGGACGGGGUAGGAGGAGAAGCUGACUGGGAGCGGGAGGAAGCAGAGGGAGAGGAGGAACGUGGGGGAAAGCAGGGAGAUGAUGGCGAUAACGACGUGGCCAAAGAAGGAGACGGCGAGAGCACUAAAAGCACAAAGGAUGAGACUGAAAGAGUGGUGGUGGGUGAUAAAUUUGAUCUGAAGGACUCAGACUGUCUGAAAGGCAAAGAAAGUGAUGGAGAGGAAAUCACAGAGAAAGGAGACGAAAGACCUGGGAAAGGUGAUGGAGCUGAGAUUGAACCGAGGAAUCAGAAACACGACCCAACUGAAGAGGGAGAAUCGGUGGACAAGGAAAACCAAAGAAGAUGAAAAAGACGCGCAGGGUUCAAAUGAAAAGAAAAUAAGACAUGUAAACAAAGUUAAACAUUUUCAGUGUAAGUUAAACAUGUUUAGAAUAGCACAGGGUCAAUGAGAGGAGGAUUUUAUGUGUGGAGAAUAUCAAGGAGACAAUUCUGUUGUAAUACAUCCAUCUUCCCCUAGAUGGCAGCAUUUUCCCCACAAGAUGAUUUUGGCCUAAACCAGAAUGGUAGUUUAUGUUAACCUUUCUCACUAUGAUGGAGAUGUGUGAUAUGUGUAAUAUAAACAAUUGUUUGACAA